UUCUCCAGUCCAGGAGCUGAAGACAUUCAACAUGGAGAAGACUGCUUUCCUGAUUCUCUCACUUUGGGCAGCAGGUGUGACUUCGUCUGUGGUUGAAAAGCGUUUGGUGUCUGCAAUUACGUGUCCUGACACUGAGAGACUCCAUCAUGCGCGAGUGGUGUAUGAGUUUCGCGAUGGGAAGAGCAUGACGUGCGGAGGAACUCUCAUCGAUAAACGCUGGGUGAUAACUGCAUCUCACUGCUACGGUGGGGAAGACGGCACGUUGAAAGUGGAGCUCGGCGGCCACCCGAAGACAGCUGUAAAGAAACAACUCCGCAUUGCAAGUAACAAUAUCAUACUUUACGCCAAGAGCUCCUCAGAAGAGCCCAUCAUGUUGCUGAAGCUUCCAGAGUCUGUGAAAAACAUCAACCCAGCUGUGCUUCCGCCUGGAGACUGCAUGGCCCCAACUGAUGGAGAUGAGCUGCAGGUUUCUGGCCGCGGUGCCACCACGGCUGAAGGAGGUCCAGGUGUAAAAGAUCUGAUGUGCCUGGAAGUUAAAACUCUCAGCAAGAAUCACUGUCCAGAUUUGGCCGGCACCAGCUACGAGAAAUUCACCCAUAUCUACUGUGGGGGAGGAGUCGGUGGUGCAGAAAUCAAAGCCUGCAAGGGUGAUUCUGGCUCCGGUUUCCUGAAGAAAGAGAUGAUUUCGAAAUCAUUUUUUGUGUUUUGGAGCAAGGAGAAGAAGGCAGACGUGCUGUACGGAGUUCUCAUUAGCGGGCAUGAAGCAUGUGAAGACAAAUUUGUUUUUGUUGACCUCUGUGCCAAAAAGAUAAAGAAGUGGAUACAGAAACUUGUGUCAUAAACCCUGAAGAGACCGAAGGUAUUCUGUAGUUGCAAAGUCUUAGCAUGCAUGAAUAAAGAAAACCUAUACCUGGCCGCUCUGCAGGUUUGUUGCCGCUGUAGCUUUCUUUUCUUUGAGGAACUCAGUUUGGCAUUUUUUUGUCAGUGAAGGUGAAAAGAAGUGACCAAUAAAAUGUUCAGCAGUAACAAUUUA